CACACACCUGAAGCUCACUGCUGGGACACAUCAUGGCAAACUUCUCUGUAGAAUGGCUUUCCAAGAGUUAUUAUGAGGAUGCUGCGCGUCAUCCAAAAGUCCACAGCGAAAUGGAGGAUUUUACAAAGGGAUCAAGAAGCCAAUACUCUCCAAGCUCUCCAAACAAUAGCUGCGGUUACACUUCGGGCUCUGAGAGCGAGGUUGGGGAUGACAGUGAGGGAGAAGCCGCCCAGCAACGAAGGAUGAGGACCAAGUUCACCUCCGAGCAAAUCGGCAAACUGGAGAAGGAGUUCAGCAAGCACAGAUACCUGGGUGCAAUGCAGAGGAGGAAGAUUGCUGAGAAGCUGAACCUCUCUGAAACUCAGGUGAAAACAUGGUUCCAAAACAGGAGGAUGAAGCUGAAACGGGAGGUCCAGGAGUUGCGUCCCGAGUACCUGUCGGUCCCUAUGAGCGCUCUGCUGCCGCCUCUGCUGUUUCAGCACCCCGUCCUGAGUGGACAGCUCCCCGCCGGCAGCGGCUUCUACCCACAGCUGCAGCCGCUCCACAGGUCGGCCCUGCCGGCUCCUCUGCACCACCAGCACCGCUCUAUGGCUGUGUCAAUGCCUCCACACUUCUACUGAACUCUGACACCCCCCCAAAACAUGUUGUCUAGAAUCUAGAUACUUUUUCAAUACUCUCUCUGAAAGAGGGGUUUAUAAGAUGUUUAAUAUAUCCAAAGCACUACAGUAGAUGUUGAUGUAAUUUUUAUGUAUGAUUUAAAAAAUGUUAAUGUAUUUGCAGCAAAUAUUAUAUGCUGUAUGUCACAAAUAAAACAAAUAAA